AUGAAUCAGAAGAAUCACUAUGUCUCGACCUAUCAGAAGGACUACGGUCGUGAAGAGCCAGUUGUAUGUCAAACUGAAUCAUCGACCAAGCCGAUCGCUAUUAAACUUUGCCCCUGUACCGAUUCGAUACGAGUGCCUAAGGAGCUCAUCUCGACGAAAGUUCCUAAGGUUCCUUCUGGACCCCUUCGCGUGGCUGCAGUGCAACUCGAAUGGCCAGCCAGGGUUUUCAUGAAAAAAAUCGAGGACGAACGUCCCGAUUUAGAUAAGAAGCUGUUAGAUGAAUUAUGUUCGGACGAAAAAACAGCGAGAACGGAUGCUGAGCGUUUCAAAACGACGUAUCAAGCGCAUUACAGCGAUCCCGCAGCUACACGUAUGAAGCAACGUCAUGACCUAAGACAGGACGCGAGCAUCCGUGUAAAUGAUCAGCAAAUGCGAUGUCGUAUGCCGAUAAAAAUAAUGAUAGAGACCGAUUGCCCGCAACCUUGUCAUCCCUCUCCUUCUAGAGAUGAAGUAAAGCACAAAUUACAGGAAUACAAGCUGAAGAAUGGAUUCAGACGCGAUAAGGAAAGAUACGAGAUACAUCAGAAGUUACCAUCCUGGAAAUCUGAAUAUCAGGACAGCAUCAACAAAAUCGGCCACGCUAUUAUGAAAAUUAAACUGCAUCACGCGAAGAGAAAAAGUUUCCCACUUCAAUAUCAGCACUGCACUACAUCCAAUUAA